AUGGAUUUUCGCUUUAACGCCGGCGAGAUGCCCCCUAACCCUAACCCUAACCCUAACCCUAAUCCUAAUCCUUAUCCGUCCACAGCCGAAUAUCCGACCCAUUACACAUACAACUUCAAUUACAAUUACUAUCAGCCGGCCGGCGUUGAUCCUCCCAGCAAAUUGUUUCAAAGCCAUCCUCAGCCGCCGCCGCCGGGAAUUGAUCCGGCGUAUGUGACGCCGCAGCACAAUUACUUUCACCCGGCCGGCGUUGAUUCUCACCUCAAUUUGUUUCCAAGCCAGCCUCAGCCACCGCCGGGAAUUGCUCCGGCGUAUGUGCCGCGGCCGGUGGCCGUUCAAUACGCGCAGCAACCACCCGGGUAUGAACCCCAACAAGGCGCUGCUAGUUUUACGAACCCAAAUGGUGCUGCUUAUUCUCAGGACCCUAACGCAAGCCAGGCAGCUGUUAUCUCGCCGUUUGUAUCCACUCCAUUUGCUGUGGGUUUACCUACCAAUCCAAAACCAAAAGCUCAAUCCAAAGGGAAGAAAAAAGGCUCAACGGCCAAGAAGAAUCAAAUUGUGCAAUCUGUAAGGUGUGAGGUCUGCAAGAUCGAUUGUACCUCAAACGAUGCCCUCAAGGAACACAGAUUGGGGAAGAAGCACAAAAAGAACCUCGAGAAGUUGAAAGAAAAAUUUCCUGUUUUACCCCUACCUACUCCUAACCCGGUUAUUCAUCCUCCACCCUUGCCCGUUGACACCUCAGCUCCAAUGGAUACACCACAGGUUGGGCCCGAUUUGAACCCAAAUCCAACAAAUCGACCGAUAAUCGGGCCUCAAGAGAAUCCGGAGAAGCCUAAACUCUCCAAUUCUCAGAAAGCACGUAAAAAGGCGGUCAGGUCUCAUAUUGAUGACUUGGAGACUAAGAGAAGAAGGGUUUUGGGAGAAGGAGCAGCUGCUGAGGCCCUUAGUGAAUGCAGUUUGUGUAAUGUGAUUUGCAUUGGUGAUGAGGUGUUAGCCUCUCACCUUGCUGGUAAAAAACAUGCUUUGAUGGUCAUGAAGUAUGAGUCUCGUGUGGAAGUUGCUAGGCUAAUGUUGAUUGCAAUUUGUAACUCUGGAUUUCAGGGCAAGACAGGCAUGCCCACCAUGAAAUGUACAGUC